AUGGCAGAUUUGAAGACUACUCUAGAUGCAGGUGGUCAUUGUGUAUUAGAAAUGCCUUCGGGUACAGGUAAAACAGUAUCUCUGUUGUCCUUGAUCGUGUCGUACAUGCAGUUUUACCCGACAAAACGAAAAUUGAUAUAUUGUUCACGUACUGUACCUGAAAUCGAAAAAGCUUUAGCAGAGUUGAAGAGAUUGAUGGAAUAUAGAGCUGAAAUGGGCGCUAAUGAUGGAGAGUUCCGUGGAUUGGGCUUGACGAGUCGUAGAAAUCUAUGUUUACAUCCUGAAGUCAGUAAGGAGAAAAAGGGGAAAAUGGUCGAUUCAAAAUGUAGAGAUUUGACUUCUGCUUUCGCUUGCGAAAAAGGUAGAGCAAAUCCCGGUAGUGUUCCUCUUUGUAGUUACCAUGAGGAAUUGAACAACUACGAAACCGGUAAUCUUAUACCUCCAGGUAUAUACACUAUUGACGAUGUGAAGAAAUAUGGUAAAGAAAAAGGUGUCUGUCCAUACUUCACAAUACGUAGAAUGUUGCCUUUUCUCGAUGUCGUCAUCUAUUCUUUCCACUAUCUGCUCGAUCCUAAAGUAGCAGAACAAGUUUCUGCCGAAAUGAGUAAGGAGAGUAUAGUAGUUUUCGAUGAAGCGCAUAAUAUAGAUAACGUCUGUAUCGAAUCUUUGUCAAUCGACUUGACUAGACCUGUUCUGGACUCUGCUGCUCGAAGCGUAAAUAAAAUCAGUGACAGAAUAGCAGAGAUGAAAGAAACGGAUUCUCAAAAGCUCGAAGACGAAUAUAAGAAACUAGUAGAGGGGCUGCAAGAAGCCAAUGACCACCGUGAAGAUGAAGACAUGCUUGUCAGUCCCGUGCUAUCGAAAGAUAUGCUGGAUGAAGCUGUUCCCGGAAAUAUAAGAAAAGCAGAACAUUUCAUUGCCUUCUUGAAAAGGUUUAUAGAGUAUCUCAAAACAAGAAUGCGAGUGUUGCAUGUCGUAGCUGAAACGCCUCAAAGUUUCUUGGCGCAUUUGAAAGAAAUCACAUAUAUCGAAAAACGACCUUUGAAAUUCGCUGCGGAACGUUUGACUUCACUGGUGCGGACUCUGGAACUGACCAACAUCGACGAACACUACUCCCUCCAAUUAGUAGCUUCAUUCGGUACCCUGGUGGCAACGUAUGAGAAAGGAUUCUUGCUCAUUUUGGAACCCUACGAGACAGAACAUGCUACUGUCCCGAAUCCUAUUUUUCAUUUCACAUGUCUCGAUCCAUCCCUAGCUAUUGCACCGGUCUUCGAAAGAUUCUCUUCCGUGGUCAUAACGUCUGGUACAAUUUCACCUUUAGAUAUGUAUCCCAAAAUCCUGCAAUUCCGACCCGUAACAGAGCAAUCAUACCCGAUGACAUUGGCGAGAAAUGCGUUCUUGCCCAUGGUCAUCACAAGAGGGUCAGACCAAGUACCUAUAUCAUCACGAUUCGAAGUGCGAAAUGAUCCUGCUGUAGUGAGGAAUUUCGGUAGUAUCCUUAUUGAUAUGGCUAGAACGGUACCCGAUGGAGUAGUCGCUUUCUUUCCCAGUUAUCUGUAUAUGGAAAGUAUCGUCAGUGCCUGGUAUGAUAUGGGUAUCUUGAGCGAAGUGUGGAAACACAAGUUGCUGUUCGUCGAGACUCCAGAUGCUAUGGAAACGUCCAUCGCCCUUAGGAAUUAUAGAGAAGCAUGCAACAAUGGAAGAGGAGCGGUAUUACUUUCCGUUGCAAGAGGAAAGGUCUCAGAAGGAAUUGAUUUCGAUCACAAUUACGGACGAGCGGUCAUCAUGUUUGGUAUACCAUACCAAUAUACCGAGUCACGUAUAUUGAAAGCACGAUUAGAAUUCUUGAGGGAUAAUCACAGAAUACGAGAGAAUGAUUAUUUGACUUUCGACGCGAUGAGACAUGCUGCACAAUGUGUUGGACGUGUACUACGAGGUAAAACCGAUUGGGGUUUGAUGGUAUUCGCAGACAAGCGAUUCGCAAGGCAAGAUAAAAGAUCGAAAUUACCUAAAUGGAUCAACGCUUAUAUAACAGAAGCUCAUUCUAAUUUAUCAACGGAUGUAGCUAUUUCUUUAGCUAAGAAAUUCAUUAGACAAAUAAGUCAACCUUUUGAUCAUACACAAACUGGAAUAAGUUUAUGGACGUUGGAAGAUAUUGAAAGAAGACAACUCCAAGACAAAGAAGAAGCUGAAAGAGCUGAGAAUGAACUGAAAACUGCCAUGGGUAAAAACAGCAAUAGGAAUGGUGGAGAUGUGGAUAUGGAAGAAGAUGAUUUCAGGAUGGAUGAUUAUGACGACGGUGUUGAUGAACAGGAAUUGGCAAUGAUGGAUUUACCUGAUGACAUGUAA